AUGGACGUUGAAUCGAUUGCUUAUGUCGCGAUUUAUGAGAAGUGCUAUAAAGAGAUGUGUGAUGAAAGGUUGGAAGAAAUUGUGGAGAUCUUUCGCACAAACUAUUACAUCUGGCCGGAAUACGUGGACUCUCUCAAAUAUGGGAUUAUGCUGCUAGUCAACAGACUAUCACAGAAUAAAGUCUCCCCGUUUGAUUUUAAAACGAUCUACGGUGAGCGAUGUGACUUUUUGGUUGACUUUUUGUUGAAAGCACUUCCACAAGAGCUCAAUUUGUGGAGCUUGAACAAUGAGGAAAUCCGGUUCAUUUGUCGAAACUACGAGCUCUACGAGACCCCAAGUGAAAUUGAAACCAUCCCAAACUACAUGAAAAUCAAAGUGACAAGUGUUGCCCAGCUGAUUUAUGGUUUAUCGAAUGUAAUCUUGACGAAUCCAGAUGUUGGCACACUCUGGAUCAACGAUUUUGUUGUUUACACUUCACCGGAAAGUGUUGUCAUUAAAGAAAGAAGGGAACAGAUAGAAGCGAUUUGGAGAACACGAAAAGGUGAAGUGGAAUUUCUCAAGGAGUUGACUUCAAAAUGGCUUGAUAGUAAAAUGAAGAGCGCUGGAAACUCGAGUAGAUCGAUCGAUCAACGGGUACAAUGCUAUAAGAGUGAUCAAUUUUCAGAGUACAACUUCGCUUUU